AUGCUGGGUAUUCCUCGGGUGGUAUUUUUUCCCCCGAGUAGUUUUCUAUUGGCCGGGUUCAAUAAAGGAAUACUAGCAAGCGGCUCAUAUCUUCUAAAGACAAAGUCGGGUUCCACGAAUUUUUACAAGUCAAUUACGAUAACUUCCAGUCAUGUCUAUCCACAUAAGUCUUCUCAUAAUAUUUUUUGGACGUUUCGGUGUGUUUCACGCCAAACUCAGCUCAUUGAUAAGGUUUCGUUAUGUUUGACAAAUUCGCGUUGUUUUCACAACACCCAAGACUACAUUUAUACCGCUGAAGACGGAUAUAUAAUAAAUAGGGUUAAGCCACAAUUUAUAAAUAAUAAAGCAAGUACUGUUGCCGAUAUCGAAUUAGUUAAAAAAUUAUCAUCACGUAAAACGAUCGAAAGAAUUAGGAAAGCAAUUCAAAAACUCACACUGGGAAUAUUGAGUAUUGCAACUGGCACAACAAUCAUUUUGGUUACUUGGAAGGAAAAUUAUAGAGAAAGAUUUACGCUUUGGUGUGCUGGAGCUUUUCGAUCCGCUGUAACUAUUUUUUUUUGUUGUCUUUGUAUGCUAGACUAUAAAUUACUGCAUUUACGAUAUGCUAGUACUGGAUACGGGUCUGAUGAGUAUAAAGCGGCUAGAAGCCUUGUGCAUCUUCGAAGUGCAUACCGGCUUUUACGACUGUGUAAAUUGAACACUGGCGUCUAUAUAAAAGCGGGACAACAUCUUGCUUCUUUGACUUAUGUAGUACCGAAACAAUACACUGACGUACUUUCUGUGCUCCAAGAUCGGGCACCUUAUAGAGCCAUGUCUGAAAUCGAAAAAAUAAUUAAGGAAGAAUUUAAUGGCCAAGGAUCCAAAGAUUUGUUCUCUGAAUUCGAUGAGACGCCGCUUGCGGCCGCAUCUUUGGCUCAGGUGCACAGAGCAAUAACAAAAGAUGGACGCGAAGCGGCUGUCAAAGUUCAAUACCCAGAUGUUGCGCGUCUAUUUCAUGUUGACGUCUGGACUAUGCAGACUAUGUCCGAUCUGAUUUCCUUCUUAUUUCCAGAAUUUGAACUAAACUGGAUUGUGAAAGAAUUCAAACAAAACUUGAUAGCGGAAUUCGAUUUCGAAGCAGAAGGAAGAAAUGGCGAAUUAACAAAACAACGAUUUGCACAUCGCAGCGAAUCAUUUGUUAUUCCAGAAAUUUAUCAUGAGUUUUCUACAAAACGAGUCCUUACUAUGCAAUUUAUUCGCGGUGUGAAAAUCAACGAUCUCAAUGGAUUGAAAAGACUUGGCGCUGAUCCAGCUUGGGUCAGAAAUCAAUUGCUAGAAGUUUUUGCCGAGAUGAUUUUUUGCCACGGAAUUGUACAUUGUGAUCCGCAUCCAGGUAAUGCAUUAGUCGCUAUCUCGCCUGUCACAAAAAAGCCACAAUUAAUUCUCUUGGAUCAUGGUUUAUAUCGUGAACUUUCCGAUGACUUUCGUAAAACAUAUUGCACGCUUUGGAAAGCAUUAAUAUUAAAUGAUACCAAAGCUCUCGAAGAAUCUGCAGAAACGCUUGGAGUUGGCGAAUACACGAAUUUUCUCCCGUUAAUUUUCACGCAACGUAUUCCUGAAUCAACAUCGUUACUGAGUGAAGACCUUUCACCUGAAGAUCGCGCCAUUUUCUACAAGCAAAUAAAAAACAUAACGCUCAAUGAUUUAUUGAAUUUUUUAGAACUUUUACCACGUGAUAUGCUAUUAGUAUUUCGGACGAUUAAUUUAUUACGUGGGAUUCACAAGCAAUUAGGCGGGACCUCAACAGAAGUGUUUAGUCUAAAUGCGGAAUAUGCAACACGUGGAUUUUGGUGUGAAACGAGGGAAGAGGAACAAGCUCGUAUACAUAGAGAAAAAGAGAAACGUCGAAGGAAGCGUAGAAAGGCUGCUGGACAACCUGAAAAUAACAAUGACAAUCCUAUAGAAGUUGGCCCAAUAAGGCGGUGGUAUUUGUUUGGCGGAGCACCGACAUUAAGACGAAGUUUAGGUUAUUUGCAAGACGAGAUUUGGUUAAGUAUUAGAUUCUACAUGGCUGACAUAUUUAUAAAGAUAUUGCGAUGGUGGUAUCGAACUUCAAUCACUCAUAGUAGUAAUCAUCAUGAUGCAACAACAUUUUAA